CUUUUACCUGGAUUACUACUGAAGGUGAUUGGAACAUAUUUGUCAAGAACAGGGUUAAAGAAAUCCGACAGCAUACAAACGUGGAAGAUUGGCGUCACUUACCAGGCAUAAUGAACCCUGCCGACUUACCAUCUAGAGGCUGCAACGCCAAACAACUGCUGAAAAGCAAAUGGUGGGAGGGACCUGCCUGGCUAAAAGCAAAAGAAAGUGAAUGGCCUAAAUCUCAAUUAAUCGUAGAUGAGCGAGAAGUUAACAAAGAAAGUAAGAAAGUAGUUCUUGUUAACACUACUACAGACUAUAGUACAUUCCUGUCUUCGCUAACCUACUUCUCCAAAUACACUAUGAUAGUGAGGAUGGUAGCAUGGAUAUUGAGAUUUUCGUACAACUGUAAAAAUGCAGAAGAUAAACAGAGUGGUGAACUGACCUGUGAAGAGUUCCAGAGUGCUGAGAAGAGGCUCCUGAAGAUUCUUCAGACCGAAAGGGCAGAAGUAGAUCAAAAAAAGAUGAACAAUUUGAAGAUGUUUAAAGACGAAGAAGGCUUACUGAGGAUUCGCACUAAAUUAGUUCUCAGCGACGAGCCUUCUGACUUUGUCUGUCCGAUUUACUUGCCGGGCAAACAUGUGAUUAUUCAAAGAUUAGCUUUGAUCAAUUCAAGACCUUUAACCUACGUCGCGGACAACUCCGAUAAGCUAAAACCCAUCACUCCCGCGUGCUUCACACAAGGGCUUCCUUCGAGCGAGAUGCCGGACUUAGACCAGCUCGAUCAUGACUCACUCAACAGGCGCCUCAGGUAUCUUCAUAAGUUGAGGGAAGAUCUACGAGAAAGGUUCAGGAACGAGUACAUCGGGAUGCUCAUCCAGAAGGGCAAGGAGAGGGACUCUCAUUUAAGGGUAGGUGAUGUAGUUUUAAUAGAGACAGACUCUAAGCGUAUUAAGUGGCCUUUAGGGAGGAUUGUAGAAACCUUUGCUGGUGCUGACGGUUACAUAAGAGUAGCCAAGGUACGCACUGCUGAUGGAGAGUAUACACGAGCAGUUCAACGUUUGUACCCACUUGAAGUGCCAUCAGACACAAUAUAAGGAAGAGUUUUGGGCCUCUGCCCCAAAAGGUGGGAGAAUGUUACGAACUCUUUUAGUGUUUGUGGUCAAGUUAAAUGUCAAAAUAUUUAAAUUUAUGUUUUCUUAUUGAUUGUUAUGUUCUUCUGUAUGUCACUCUAGGAAUAAAUGGCGAAACGUUUCGCCAUGACCCUUUACCGGCUCAUUAUUUAUUU